AUGGAUAAUACAGAAAGAGGUUGUCGAUGUUGUGCCUGGGUUGAGCGAACUCCCAGAGAUCUAGAGCGCGCCGCACUAGUAUUUGGAAGCAGAAGACAUGUUGGGGCUGAGAACGGUAGACGUUCAUUGGACAGAGCUGAUGCAAGGCGCGGUAAUCUUCACCCAAUCCAAGAUCAGCUCGCCGCGUCAAGGAGGAACCUAGAUAGAAUCUCACAUGGGCCGUGCACAAUCUAUAGAGUUCCACCUGAAAUAUUGGCAGUAGACAGAGGAGCUUACAAGCCUAUGGUUGUUGGCAUUGGCCCUUACUGUGAUGACAAAGGACCAGGCAGUAAGCUGAAGCAGCUGGAAGACCACAAGUGGAGGUGCGCCAACAAGCUCAUAUCCAAAUCAUGCUGCGCGAGAGGACAUCGCGUAACACAAGAGAACUUGCUGCAGAACUGUUUGCAAGAAAUGAAGAAUCUGGAGACUCGGAUUCGUAGCUCCUAUUCAGAGGAAAUCUCUAUGGGCAGUGAUGAGUUGGCGAUGAUGAUGGCACUCGAUGGUUGUUUUAUUCUCCAUCUCCUUCUGAAGCACCACACUGGAGCCGCACAUGGAGAACAGGGUAACAACGUCGUCGACGAUGAUGGUGAUGACGACGACGACUGGACUCAGGUUAUUGGAAGAUGCUGGAUAUGGAACUUGGUGAAGUAUGAUCUGCUCCUGCUGCAGAAUCAGAUUCCAUUUUUUGUCAUCCGGACCUUGUACAGACUUUUGAUAGUGGAUGGUGAAGAAAUGGAACAGAGGCUAAUAUCUGGCGGACUCCAGCUAUUUAGCACGCUCUAUCCACUGCGAAAGGAUGUAAAUUUCACCGUCCCUUCCGACCAAAUACAUCAUCUGCUCCAUUUGGUUUACCUAUCAAUCCUGCCCCCAAAAAACUCUCCGGAUUUCCCAGCGCAACAACAGAACUUGUCCGAAGAAACUGCUCAGCAGCAAAACUUACCGCGGGAGGUUCUGCCCUUUUGGAUACCGAGUGUAAAGGAGCUAAUGGAGUCUGGAGUCAAGUUUACAAAGAAAAAGAAUGCUCAAGUGUUCAUGGACAUAACAUUCCAAAGAGGGGUCCUGGAGAUUCCAGAGCUGAAGAUUUUCGAUCACAGCAACUUCCUCUUGAGAAAUCUGAUCGCAUUUGAGCAGUGUUAUCCUGACAACCACUUCCACAUUACCUCCUAUGCAGCAUUUAUGGGUUGCCUACUUAGAAGUAAGGAAGAUGCCAGGAUACUGCACCUCAAAGGAGUUCUCAUCAAUGGUACAACCAAGGGAGAGUACGCUAAUGGUUUCUUCAGCCAAAUCAGCAGCGGGGCACAUUCCCCUUCUGACAGGAACUACCUUGGGGGUUUGACUGAAGAAAUCAUGAAGUACCAUGGCAAGCGUCACAACAGAUGGCGAGCUGCCCUCAGGCGCAACUACUGUACCAAUCCAUGGGUGAUCAUCUCCGUGAUAGCCGCCUUUUUACUGCUGUUUCUUGCUGUCACAAACACAGUUGUUGCUCUAUUAAGCCGUUUUAAGCGUUGA